AUGGCCGUCGCGGUGGCUCUGAUGGCCGUGGCCUUGACAACCCGUCUGUUGAGCGGCCGGACCGCCUCGACGACGGGCGCCGUCACCACGCCGCCACCGAUGCCGGGAUACUGGGUUCCGUACGUCGGACACUCACUGCACGUCAGCUUCCAAGACGCCGGACGGUUCCUGGCCCGUCUCGCUGGGGCCCACCCCGGCGGUGCGGUGUCCCUCCAGCUGAUGGGUCAGCAGCACACCUUCGUCCACGACCGGGACAUGGCCAGGGCGCUCGACCCUUCUUCCGGAGAUGGCAGGUGGUUUGCAGAGCGCCUGGUGGUGUCCGGCUUUGGCCUGCUGUCCUCUUACAAGUCUGCACUGCGGCAGGUGCUGGAGCUGGCCGUCGACACCUCGGACCUUGCCAGCGCCGCUACGCAUCACCUCGUCGCCAGCAUCGCCGACCUGGUCAGCUUCAACAGCUACGCCGACCAGAUGGAAUGGGAGAGGCUGGCGGACGCGGACACCGUGGGAUCCGACGGCGGGGACGAGACGCACGUCGAGGCCAAUCUGAUGGAUCUUGUCGGCGCAUUCACCGCGCAGUCUGUCACCUCGGCCCUCCUGGGGACCAACUUUGCGACAAACUUCCCCGAGUUCCCCGGGAUCCUGGCCCGCAUAGACUCUGGGAUGUCUGCCCGGUCAUCCUGGUCGCAGAAGGCCCGUUCCGCCAGGCGGCAGGGGCAGUGGUGCCUGUACGAGUUCCACGACGCGCUCGACAAGCACCUCGCCGGUCAAGGGGUGGACCCGGGUGUCAGGUGGCAGGACAUGGAUGACGUGAGCGGCCUGAUCAGGGAGAGGGCUAUCCUGUAUCGCAAUCUGGGCCUGUCCCUGAGCGCCCGUGCGGCCAUCGACCUGGCCGUGGCGUGGGAGCUCAGCUCGCAGGUCGGCAUGCUGACGUCGUGGAUGGCAUUCGAGCUGUACAGGGACCUCACGCUCCUGGCGCAGUUGCGUGCCGAGACGGGCGACUACGUGCGCUGUGUGCAGCCGGAGAACGGGUUCGGCACGGGCGUGUGGAUUGCCCCGUCCGUCAGUAUCGACACCGACAGUCUGGUCGCUCGCUGCCUGCUGCUCAGGUCUGCCUAUGUUGAGACGGUGCGGUUGUAUACCUGCACGGGCUCUAGCAUGCGCUUGAAGGAGGACGUCACCGUUCCCAGGGUGGACAAGGGCUCGUACCUCCUCAGGCAAGGGACGUAUGUUGACACGGCGCAGGAGAUGUACAAUCUCGACGAGCGACGGUUUGCCAGCCCGGACGAGUGGCAGGGAGGGAGGCAUAUCAAGGAUGGGGCCGUGGAUAUGGACGCUGCCACCCCAUAUGGUGAGUCCGCACGUCACCUUCUCUCCUCCACGACUGGUACUGACACUGGUCAGGGCAUGUUCACUCCAUGGCGGGUCACAGCAGAGACGCUGUCAUGCGUAUAG